CUUGAAGUUGCCCUGUGAGGGGGUGCUUGCGUGUCGGGGGACGCGCGUCUGGCCUUUAUAAGCUCUGAAGUCGACCAGUACCACCACCACCAUCACCACCAAACAUCCGAUGUCCUCCAAUGAACAAGGAGCCCAAAUUCUGGGCCUCGGAACGGCCUGCUCAUACCCUCACUGCUCUCUCCUCGAUUUCCUUCCAUUCAAAUGUCCACACUGUCCAGGCACUCCUGCCUUCUGCUCGGAGCACUUCCAUCCACACUGCAAUACCGCCCACGCUCACCUGGACCGUGUAGCACCAAACUGCCCUCUGUGUAGUGUUCCAGUCGCGAUUCCGCCCGGCGAGGACCCGAACGUGCGCAUGGAGAGACACAUCAGCCGUUUCUGCGAGGUGAUGAAUGCUAGCGGUAGACAGCAAGGAAAGGGUGGGAGCAAGAUAUGUGCCAGGGGGAAGUGUGGUAAGGUAUUAUUUGCACCCAUCGGGUGUGAUAGAUGCCACAAAGAAUUCUGCCCUCAGCACCGUUUCCCAAACGAUCAUAGCUGUCCGUCGCUCACUUCACAACGGCCGAACACCAGUUCCACCUCUAAGCCAUCUAUCAGACCGAGUCCUGUUUCAGCCACUCCCAGCUCAUCCUCAGCCAAAUCUGCGCCUGUGGCUGUAUCCAGACCCGCUCCUUCUUCCAAAGCGAUAUCAGCACCAUCCUUUUCCAAGUUUUCCAUCUCUGUCCCAAACGCAUUCUCCAAGACUGAUCGACGCGCAAAGGAGGAGCGCGCGAGCAGGCUCAAGGCCAUGAAAGAGCGUGCCAAUAGGGGUCUUCUCACAGAAGAAGAGAAGCUUAUCCUCGCGCAAGAAGAGGCAGCACGCGCGCAGGAAGUCAGAAAGGGAGACAAAGAGUGUCGCGUCAUGUAGCUUUCCCCCCUGAACUUGACUUUGGACUUUCAGGACUUCCCACAGUACCCAUAUACUACAUCGCGUACAGAUCCACCCAUAGGCCCGACCUUGUAUUUCCUUGAACCCCUGUUGGAUUUCGAUGACACUAGGCUCAGCUUUUGUGGCAAAGUCUGUUGCUCGUUACAAUGUAAUGACAGUUACAGGAAUGUGCUGAACA